GCUAACGACGGUCCUCUUAUAAGAAAGGGCACUUGCCAGACAACGCUAAAGCCCAUCAACGAAAUUCCUCGAUCCAACGCUCAGCCUAUUGCUACUAACAACCACGUACAUGCCCAGGCUGCGCUCUCUCCCCGAACUACCUGCCGCAACAUUCUCGCUACUGAGCUUACCGAGUCUCUCCGACGCCACCUUCUCUGGGAACGACAGCAGAAGUCGUCUACUGCCAACGCUGUCCUCAAGCGCAGGCACAUAUCUCACGAUGUUGCCAACCUCAAACAGUACCCUGAGCGACCAUGCCUGAAGCAGAGCGAAGAUGUCAAC